AUGUCCGAGAUCAAGGCGGAGAGCAAGAACGACAACAACAUCGAGGAUGUGUCGAAGGUAAGCGGAGAGAAGCACGAGAAAUAUCUUCAUCAAGCCGAGUUUUCAUGCUAAGGCGGCGUGUUGCGCCCCUCAAAUAUGAGAAGACGCUCGUUCUCUCGAAAAUUCGAUAGAAUAGCCUGUGCUACGAUGAGGGGACGUUGUUUGGCGAGUGAUCGCGCGACGCACGAUGCUGCACAGCUAAAAGGCACGGACGCCUUUUGCCGCGUAGCCACGGGCUCAGUGAUUUUUCAAAGCUGCGCCGUUUGUCCUUCAUUGGCAAAGAUGGUGGAUGUUUUUUAUUUGCACCUCUCGUGACGAAGGGACUCCCUGGUUAACGGCAAUAGGCGUGUAUCGAAAAAGGCGGGAAAUAGAUUUCGGCCGCAGAUCUAUCUGUCACGCGGUUUUCUACAAAAACUCGCUCUCUUUUAGGAACAUCGUUCGAGGCUACGACGCUAGAAAUACAUAUCGACUUGGCAAAAUGGCGGGAAACUUAAACAAACUUUUCGUAUAUUCCCGUGUAGAUCCCUAAUAAUCUUAUCAUGGGUGUAAUUAUGUUUGUGCAUUUUUCCAUAUAGUUUGACACAAUUCUUAAAUCAGCCAUCGUUUAACGUGUCCCAUUUCUUUUUUUUUCAUCGACCAUUUUACGUUAUGUGAUUGCAAUUAUUCAGUGACGUGAUGAAUUUUCAUAUAUUUCGCUUUUGAAGUAUAACGUAAGAAUGAAAUAUUUUCAGGACCAUUCAGCAGAGGAGAAACCAAGUCCAACGAAAAAUAAACGGGGAGGAACGAAAAGACUCUCCACACUAGAAAGAUUGGCUCAAGAAGGAGAACGAGUCACAAAGGAUUUAAAUGCUUCUGUUGGAGAAGUUGAAGGGAGGAGGCGCACACGUAGUUCAGCACGAGGCCUUACCUCAUCUACACCUGUGCCAUCUCCACCUAAGAAAGAGAAGAGGGACACAUCUACGAAAGGUAGUGGUCGUGGACGCGGGCGUCCAAAACGACAAGAAAAAAAUAAUGACAAUAAUACAGAUGAAGAAGCAGCUAAUAAUAAAAGCGAAAAGCAUUCCGAAGAGGAAUCUAUGAAAAUGGAUGUCGAUGAACACAAAGAGGAUACCGAAAAAUUGGGAGAUAGCGAGGACAAGAGCGUCACAAAAUCCGAAAAUAAAGAAGCUUCUGACAAGGCGCUUGACUCUAAUUUCAAGGAGGAGAAAGUUACGGAAGAAUCAGAAAACUUUGCGGAAGAAAGUAAGAGUCCUAGUAUCAGUGAAGAGAAAAAGGAGGAGGACAUAAAGGAUAGCUCGGAUUCGAGUCAAGAUGCAACAGACACAACAACAGAGGCACCACCUUCAUCUUCAUCAGAGUCUCAAAAUCCCUCUAAUGCUACUACUACCGAAGAACAUAAGGAAUAA